UUCACAAACACGGAAGCAGCAUGGCGUCCAACAGCAGCGGCGGCGGCGGCUCCAGCUCCGACAGGCAGCGGGUCGCACAGCAAAGACUCAGCGUAAUUGCCGGUCACUUACGGAGACCGGCGGACGAUGACUCGGCUGUCCAAGCCUGGGAGUGCAAAGCCCCCGGGAGCAAGCCCGAUGUCUCCGGAGAGGAGAAGACGGUGCCGAGGAGGAGGCAGGAGAUUAUGAAAUGGAAUGGCUGGGGAUACAGCGAUUCAAGAUUCCUCUUCAAUAAGAAAGGUCAAGCAGAAUUCACUGGCAAAAGGUAUAGACUGAGCGGCAUGAUCAUCCCCGGGCUCAAAGAGUGGUUUGAAGGCACGUUUGGCGCCAAUCUGCAGCACAAAAGCCCAGCGACGCCCAUUCUGAAUAACAGCGCCGUACCGCCUCCCGCUCUAAAUGACGCCUUCAUAGAGGAACUGAAAUCCACAGGUAUUCCCUUCUCGCAUGACUCAGAAGACCGGGUGUUUCGUGGCCACGGCCAUUGCUUACACGAGAUCUUCGCGCUCAGGGAGGGGAAACUUGGUCGUGUCCCAGAUAUGGUGGUGUGGCCAAGCUGUCACAAUGAUGUGGUGAAAAUUGUGGAGCUGGCGACCAAACACAACGUGUGUUUGAUACCGUAUGGAGGAGGGACUAGUGUUUCUAGCGCCCUAGAGUGCCCCCCAGAGGAAACACGCUCCAUUGUCUCUUUGGAUACUUCACAGAUGAACCGCAUUCUGUGGAUUGACGAGAAGAAUUUAACCGCCCAUGUGGAAGCUGGCAUCGUCGGUCAGGAUCUGGAGAGAUUGCUUAAUGAGAGCGGCUACUGUACGGGGCAUGAGCCUGACUCCAUGGAGUUCAGCUCCCUGGGGGGCUGGGUAGCAACCAGAGCGUCAGGCAUGAAGAAGAACAUCUAUGGCAACAUUGAGGACCUGGUUGUCCACAUAAAGAUGGUUACCCCGCAGGGUGUGAUUGAAAAGAGCUGUCAGGGCCCACGCAUGUCCACGGGCCCCGACAUCCACCACUUCAUCAUGGGAUCGGAAGGAACCCUGGGUGUGGUUACCGAGGUAACGAUGAAGAUCCGUCCCAUCCCAGAGUACCAGAAGUACGGCUCUGUGGUGUUCCCUAAUUUUGAGCAGGGGGUUGCCUGCCUCCGAGAGGUGGCCAAGCAGAGGUGCGCUCCAGCAUCCAUACGGCUCAUGGAUAAUGAACAAUUUAAAUUUGGUCACGCCCUGAAGCCUCAAGUAUCUUCAAUUUUCACUUCCUUUCUGGACGGGUUGAAGAAGUUUUACAUCACCAAGUUCAAGGGCUUUGACCCCAACCACUUGUGUGUGGCCACCCUGCUGUUUGAAGGAGACCGUGAGAAGGUCCUGCAGCACGAGAAGCAGGUUUAUGAUAUUGCUGCAAAAUUUGGGGGCCUGGCAGCUGGAGAGGACAAUGGGCAGAGGGGCUACAUGCUGACCUUCGUCAUCGCUUACCUCCGGGACCUGGGGAUGGACUACUACGUGAUCGGGGAGUCCUUUGAAACCUCUGUGCCUUGGGACAGGGUGUUGGACAUCUGCAGGAAUGUAAAGGCCCGCAUCGUCCGAGAGUGUAAAGAUAGAGGAGUUCAGUUUCCACCUUUAUCCACGUGCAGGGUGACUCAGACGUAUGACGCUGGUGCCUGUGUCUACUUUUAUUUUGCCUUCAACUACAGAGGACUCAGCGACCCAAUACACGUGUAUGAACAAGUGGAGCAUGCAGCUAGGGAGGAGAUCCUUGCCAAUGGAGGGAGCUUGUCACAUCACCAUGGAGUGGGGAAACUUCGAAAGGAGUGGAUGAGAGAGACCGUCUCCAAUGUCGGCAUUGGGAUGCUCCAGUCCGUCAAGGACUUCUUGGACCCAAAAAAUAUCUUCGGCAACAGGAACCUCCUCUAAUCUCCUGCUCCUGUCCAUCUUUAACUCACAGUUUUUUUCUAAAAAGCAUCAUGUGGAUUUUGCAUUAAUAAUUACUCGACAUGAAUUUAAAAAUGGACAGAGAUCUCCAACGUGUCAUUCGGUGCCAUUUAAUGAUUCACCCAGACCCUUUCUUUUACUUCAUAUUGCACUUACACUGCUGUAACAAUCAUCGUCAAUUCGUGUUGAAGCUCAUUUUUAUCGUUGUGUUGUGGCCUCUGCCUCUGAACUCGACGACCGCGAUACAACUUGACAUGAUGCAAAGAAACCAUGUUUUUGUCAUGUUUGCUUUCCUUAAAUCACUUCCGUAAUAAUCCUUGCCAACAUAGCAGUACUAUUUGUUUUUAUGUUCCUCUCGAGUGUGUGUGGCACUCCUUUAGUGGUGAGUUCAAGAUGAAUGCGCUUUCUAAAGCUCUGUGCCUUUCUAAAGCUUUUGUCUGCCUUCCCCUUUUCCUACUCGAGUCUCUCUGUGACUUAGUGUCUCCUCCCGUGCAUUUUUUCAUGUCCUCCUGCCUUCAGUGGUAUUAACCUAUUGCCAUAUGAGACUUGUUUCUUGGACUGAGUGUCUGUGUGUGUGUAUGUGUGUGUGUGUGUGCGCCUCUUGUGAUAAACUUUUUCAACUAAACCAACCCCGCCCCUUCCUGUUCUGCACCACCACAUUAACAGCGACCCUUGGAAGAAGCAUAGUGUGAUUACAAAGAGAGAUAUCCCUUGUGUGUGUUUACUUUUCAUACUGGCAAUGCUUACCUGACAUCAUUUGUUACUGAGAAAGUGACACGGGGAGGAAGAGAGAAAAAAAAAAAAGCCAUUUCUACCAUGCCUGUUUCCUUUUAAUAAUCAUGUUUUGCAGUUUAAAGCCUCUGGAUCCCGGUGCUCACGUUGUACCAAAGACUCGAUUCAUCAGAUCUUGCGGCCAUGCUCUAAACACGUGUUUAACAUCACAACCGCCACUUUCAUACUCAUUUUCAUGCACAGCGAGUUCACUUUUUAAUCAGCAUAUGCAAAGAUAACGACGGGAGCGCUAAAUAGUGGAUGUUCACGACUGUUAAGAGUGCUAAAACCUUCUAUCAAACACGUCACGCUAAAGACACUUGAAACUUUUUUUUUUUUUUUUUGUCGUAUAAUUGGUGUUUCCCCAAAAUGACUCAAACGGUUGAAUAGUUUAGUGUAAAAUACGUGUUUUCCGAAGGAUACUGUAAUGUGCUAUUUUUUGAUACUGGACUUGGACCAUUCAGCCUCUCCUUUUGAAGCAAGGUUUAUCUUUAAGACAGCUGUUUACUGGAAAAUCUUUAUUUUUUCUGAUCUGUACGUCAAGAUUUCCUGGGUCACAUUGUUUUGUUUUGUUUUUUUUAGGUCAAAAAUUUUCCCCGAAUAAUAAGGACUAUUUUGGGAUCCAUUUUAUCCCCACGUGUCAAAUAUGUGUGCUUUUGAAUGUUACACGGCUGUACCCUUUCUGUCCGUUUUUCCACUACUCCUAACAACAUAGUAACAUCUAAGUACAUUUUGUCAAUGCUGUUUGUGCAAUAAAUUGAACUAAAACAUC